AAUAAUUUCAACUGUAACACUCCAGUUUUGCUCGCAGUGCCAAGCCUGGUGUUGUGAAUUUUUGCAAUUCAACGGCUCUAGUGCGAGAGUGGAAUAUUAUUGUUCAUCGCGCGCGCUCGCGUUUUCUAGACCAGCCAGCAGGCAAAUAUAAUAAAUAACAACAGCCAAGGCGAAUCUGGUCGGAGAAGAUGCUGCUGAGCGCGGCGCUUUUGGCGCUCGCCACCGUCGGCCUCGUCGUCGUCGCCACCUUUCUUUUGGGGCUGAUUUUAACCCUCCUCACCGGCCUCACCGUGUUUUUCCUUGGACCGGCGCUUUGCAGCAAAUCCAUUGAUCUUAAGGACAAGUUCGGAACUUGGGCAGUUGUGACUGGCUCGACCGAUGGGAUAGGCAGAGCGUACGCCGAGGAAUUGGCCAAGCGUGGAAUCAACCUAGUCCUAGUGAGCAGGAGCAUUGAAAAGCUCUCUGCGGUCGCUGCCCAGUUGGGUGCGAAAUACAAUGUGCUCGUGCGAAUCAUUGUCGCCGACUUCAGCAAAGGCGAGUCCAUCUACGAAAGCAUCGACCAGCAACUCGCAGACAUCCCUGUCGGCAUUUUAGUUAAUAACGUCGGCUCGCAGUACUCGUACCCUAUGUACGUGGGCGAAGUGCCUCCGGAUCAAAUUUGGUCCAUCAUCAAUAUCAACAUUGGCGCGACCACGAUGAUGACCCGCAUCGUGCUGAGAGGCAUGAAGUUGCGGGGAAAAGGUGCCAUUGUGAACAUGUCGUCGGGUUCCGAGUGCCAACCACUGCCCUUCAUGACAAUCUACGCCGCAUCAAAGGUAUUCGUGAAGAGCUUUUCGGCAGCUCUGCGGAACGAGUACCAGGACAGUGGCAUCACCGUCCAGCACCUCUCACCCCUCUUCAUCAACACCAAAAUGAAUGCGUUCAGCCACCGGCUGCAGGAGGAUGGCAUCUUUGUGCCGAGCGCCGCCACCUACGCCAAAAGCGCAAUCAAUACCCUCGGAAAGUUGGACCACACCACCGGCUACUGGGCCCACGGAAUACAAUACUGGUUCACAGAGUUCCCGCCGGUGUGGAUGAGAACAAUCAUCGGCGGUCUCAUCAACAAGGGCUUCCGCAAUGACUACUUCAAGGGCAUGCAGAACAACAACAAUAUGCAGAAGCAUUGAAAUUAUAUUUAAAUUAAAGCAGUGGACUUGAGACUGCCAGUGAUCGAAACACUCAAAUAAUCAAGUGCUGCGAUUUUCCUGAUCUGAACAAGUGCUCAGCUACUUAUUUAAAGAGGAAAGUCUGUAUUUUUUUUUAUUCCUGACUAUGAAAGAAGAUCAAAUUUCAUGACGACCGUUGAAAUGGAUAUUGAAAAACUCACCCUCUAAAAGGAUUUAAACUCGGUAUUGCGUUUACGCGCCGAAACAAUUUGAACCUGCAUGGGAGUUUAGAAUGUUGACUGUUUUACUCCAAAUUAGAGAUUUAACAACUUCCUUUAAGGUUCAAAUUCGUUUGUUGAGAAAAACUGAACCUAUUUAUAAACCCCCUGGUUCGAGAAAUUUUUUAAUUGGUCUUUUUUACAUUCAGGAAUAAAGAAUGUUGACGAAGUCUCUCUUUAAACCUACAUUAAAUUCCUUUUUAGAAAUAUAAGUUCUAUCUUAUUAAUUCAAUACGCGUUUAUAAGUGGGCAAAUAAGUGGAAGUAAGUUAUAAUUUAUGAACCAAUUGUCAAAUUUGAACUAACUCGAUGCAUCCUUUAAAUGUAAAUAGUAAACUCUGCGUGUCAUUUUUACUUCAAGUUUGAGUUUCACUGGCAAAAAAUCCCAUUUAUACAUUUCCCUCCCCUUUCUUCAGCUGUGUUUAACUUUAUUGCGAUUCUUUCGUUGUCUUUUCUACUGUUGUAAAAAAAUAAAUUCCUACCUCAUGGCGAGUAGGCUGCGCGCCUUGGGACUGCGAG